CGACAAUGUGAAAAGGACUUGGCAUAUUUGGAGUAUGUACAGUCAACGGCCGUAUUCAGUACAAUGCAGCGAGUAACAGAAUGCUGCUGGUGGGCGCGGCGGCGCUGCUGGCGGUCGCAGUGACGGCACGUGCGUCUGAUCGCUCCGAAGAAACAAAGGAAUCAGAGAACAGGUCAAAAGACAUCAUCGAGAACCUGCGCCGGCAGUUAAUGCGUCACAACUACGACUAUUCGCAUGAAACACCUCCAACCACUGAACCCCAUAGACGAGCCGACGCCGACGUGCAGUUAGAUAAACCACACGAUAACAUUAGUAUUAAUAAUAAUUACUAUCUCACGAAACCAACCCGCCAGAGAAACAACAAUCAUGAAAAUAGUGAUAUUGAGGAUGUUAUGGAGGAAACCGGAAAUAAAACGAAACCGGAACAUCCGGUAUCGGAAAGAGAUCUUUUUUAUUACGUGGAUGAUGAAAAAUUAAUUAGCAAGAAAUCAGACGAUAGGAAAUAUAAAACUUUAAAGGUUAGACACCAGUUCCGUCGCAGCGGACAGAACCAAUACAUUCAAGAAGAAGGCGAAGAAGGGGUGGCCAUCGUGAGCCUCCACAAAGCUCCCUUCCCCGACCUGCGCCUGCCGAACUCCCGCAGGCAGUACCAGCACGACCACGGGCAAGCCGCCGCUGACGAGGAGGAGCUUCCUCCGCCACCGGUCGAUGACAGCGAUCGAUGA